GCUUUCUAGACGGGAGCAUGGUGACUCGACCGCGCCGCAGGGGAAUCCAUCCCAGCUCAAGUAGAGUUUCGACGAUAAUAAAGAAUAAUACGAAAGAUGAGCAGUCGUCGGGGGAGGCGAACACGGCCUCGCUGCGAAGUGGAGGUGUUCAUAAAACUAAAGAGGAUGAAAUGGAAAAGAAAAAUACUCGACGGAAAUUUCCAACUGCCACAACGGCGGCAGAGAGAGAGAGAGAGAGAGAUGAGCAGUCGUCGGGGGAGGCGAACACGGCCUCGCUGCCGGUGAACAUCGUUUACUGGUGGCCUGACACGUGUCAAAGGAGCCGAAGAUUCCGAGUGGGCCCGCACAAGCUCGAACUUUUCGAGCUGCUUGCUACCUACCGGACAUUAGAUUUAAAAGGCCCCGAUUCCCGUAGAAAGAGCCGACAUCCCAAUCCUCAGUCGAGGAUGAUAGAGUCAUCAAUGCCACCACAAUUGAUCUCAUGCUCGGCCGCAGUUGAGGAUCCUCGUGAGUACAAGCCCUCG